AAAUUUGCGGCUUAACAUGGAAUCGUCCGGCAUGCGAGUCGCUGUAAAAGACGAUCGACUCUAAAAUUUCCAUUUCGUAAACGUUUCACUCCCGUUCAGUAUUGUUUUAACCACUAUGUUUCUUCAGUAAAAAUCUACCAGUUUUUACAUUCACAGACGUCGUAGUGCUGUAUUCUCCAUGCUGGAAUCUCGUGCUUGUGAAGUACACAUUCGUUGUGGAUUCACCGCAUGGCGAGAUGUGAUGUGACAUUUUCUUUUCUUGGCAGUUUUCAAUCUUGCAAUUACAUAUCAUCAAUUCCUGUCAGUUUUAUUUGGAUGGCCUAAAUGCCCAGUGGAACCAUGGGGCUGCAGUCGUUGCAACAACUGAUUGAGUCUCAGUUUGCUGGGGCGUGUGUGUCUGUGGACUUGCUGAGAAUUGCUUCCUCCGUUGCUAGCCCAUACCAAGGGAGGGUGGCUCUCAGUCUUGUUGUCGAUGCAGAAUGCUGCCUUGACAGACUCUAUGGUGGCUACGUUUCUGAUUGGAUCUGUGGUGGUCAGUGGAAUCGAAUGCUGCAAUUUUUGGCAUCUCUUGUUCAGACGUUGCAUGCACACAAUCUACAUUUGGCUGUCUUUUUCAAUGGCUCUCUGGAACCACCCCGCAUGCAUGAAUGGGUCAGGAACCAGCUUGCCGCUCGAAGCAAUAUCUAUCAGGUGUUACGCCAUUUACAUACCAAAGGAACUCCGCCACCGAAAGUCUGGUGGGUGCCUCCGUCCACUCUCAGGACGGCUUUGCGUCUUGCUCUACGUCAUUUAAAGAUCGCUGUGUUGAGCAGUGUUGAUGAUCAUCAUCAAGAAGUGAUAGGAUUCUGUCGUGAUAAUCAUUUUCACGGCAUUUUGGCGGAAGAUGCUGAAUAUGCCAUCUUCGAUCCGCCCAGGUAUUUCUCUUCCAAGCAGUUGAAACUCACUUACAAAGGUUCAUUGGAAACUAAAGAAUUUAUUUUGGACGAAGUGGCCAAAGGUUUGAACCUGAAUCCUAACAGGUUUUGUGUAUUGGCAGCGUUAUUGGGUAAUUUUCUGCUCACUGAUGCUGAUCUCAGAGAAUUUCACAAAAGAAUAUGUGAGGAAAAUCAAACGCCACUAAAUCAACCAGAAGGAGUGAUACGCGCUGUGGCAUCGUUUGUGCGCGAACUGCCUUCCAUUGAUAAUUUGGAGAGUGUAGGAGCAAAAGUGUUCAAUUCGACCACCGAUGGUCGAGUCAAUCGUUUCAAACAAGCUGUUAAUUAUUUCUUGAAUGGAACACGUGAGCAGUAUGGACGGCAUAAAAAUGCUACGCUACUGAGACAACACAAUCAUCAUAACGAGGGUAAAAAUCAUAAACAUGGUAUUGCAGCCCAUGAAACUAAAGCUAGAAAGUUGGCGUCAGAAGCUGCCGAUGAGGAGCAAAACGAAAUUCCUGAUGCAGUUCCUUCCUCUAGCGAUCAACCUCAAGAAGAGGUCGUCGAAAAUGGGGGGUAUGUUAACGGAGGUUCGCAACCUCAUGGCAGUAGUAGCGGGAGCAGUUCGGGUGCAACAUCUCCGCACCGCGAUCGCGAAGCGUGGGGAGGUCCUAAAUCAGCAGAAGGUCAAUACCAGCCUAGUCUUCCCCCGGUAGCUGCCGAAGUGCUAAGGACGGCCUACGAAAGACAUCGCCGUGGUCUCAUGUCGCCUUACAUGUAUCAACUCUUGACUCAGGGAGAAAUCCGAUUACCAGUAGUGCUGGAAGAUCAGUGCCAUCGCGAGGUUCCCAACAUCCAAUUGUUCUACAGACCUGUUCGCCAGAUGGUUUACGCAAUUUUGUUCAAUCUUCACCACCACACGUUUUUGGCUGAAAAACAACGAGAACAACAAACCGAUAAAUCUGAAACAAAUGGUGUUACCAACGGAUCAUCAACGCCUAGCAAUUCAGCCUCGACUGGCAGCUAUGUGCCUCCUCAGUCAUUGAAUGGUUCUGGAACCGCCACUCAGUCAAACCCACUUAUACCUGAAAUCAAAAUUCGGGAAUGGGUUUGGACGGCAGCGAACCCGUAUCGUCACCCGGAAAUUGUCGUUGCAGCUGCGGUUGGUUGGCCCGUUCCUACCGUUCAUCGUCUAUGGUUUGGGACAUCCAUGGAUGACAAGAAGAGAAGGUUGAGGGCUUUCCUUUCUUGUUUGCACGCGGAUACGGCAUUAAUGUUGAAUCCGGACUAUGUUCCUCAACAUCUGUUAAUUUUGGCGUGCGUACUGAGGUAUAUAAUGGCUGCUUCGCAAGGGACGAUUCUUCAGAAGCAAGAAUUGGACGCUUUGAUCGUACAAGCCUUUGCAAUGGAAAUAACAAAUCCAAAUUAUCUGCAAGAUCUCCAACUGACAAAGGUGAGUGCACGUGGCGUCCAGCUCGCAACCUUGGUAAUGGAAGGCGUGGAAACUGCUUUGUUGGUGAACGACGCGUGUGGGUCGCCCGUCCCCUGGCCUGUCUGCUGUCCUUGGCUCUUCUUUGAUGGAAAACUGUUUCAUACUAAACUCAGUCGAACACAGACAGUCAGAGACCUUCACGAGCUAUGCGAGCAUCGUGGAGAUCUCAUUAUGAAAGUAGAGAAACUACGCAAGGCCAUAUUGGAUGGACUAGUGCUCACUCCGCUUCCUCCCCGUCCACCAGCACUAGCUCCUAUGCACGACCCAGCUUGGGCACCUCGAGAUUUCUUGGCGGGACCUUUUAACGUUAAUUUACCUAGUGGAUUAAAACGAGGUGGUCAGGGUCAGCGUCGUGGUGUGGCCCGUGGAGGCCAGCUGGAAGUGGCUGGCGUCGUGGUUAGUUCAUGGGUACCAAACUACGGUGGUCCCCGUGGACGUGGGCACAUGGGAUCUGCUUCAGGGCGUGGCGGUGGAAUGAUGCCUGCUCAAAAUAUGGCUCCACCUCAGAGAAAUGGACAUGUCCAUUACUCCACUCGGGGUGGUAGAGCGGCUCGUGGUGGUCGGAGAGGUGGACAUCAGGCAACUCAGCGAAAGCAGAACAAUGCCACUUCAACAAACACAGCGACUGCUAAUGCCUCACAGAGCAAUGGGAAAGCUAGUGUGAACAGCAAUGAAAGCUGCGACAGCAAUCGAGGAGUCAAACUACUCACGCAUGAGACAAUCCAGCCUGAGGUUAAUGGUGAAGAAGUUGCAAAGUGAACGGAAGGAUAUGUUUGGUGUGGGCGCUGGCGAUAGACGAGGGGUUGUUGCCCGUACAAAAUGACUUUUUGUGACAAUCAAAGUGAAACAUUAUUUUUCUAAUGAACCUUGAUAAAGUGAAUUCAAGUGGUGCGGCUCGUGCUCCUACUCGUCAUCAAGUCCCGCGAUUCAGCUCGAGAUGCUCUUGAUCCUUCUCCACUAGUUCCCUCUUUUUUCUUUCUCUUUGAACCGACACUUGAGAUCCUUCAGAAAAAAAACAAAGCAAAAAACAUUCAACCGUUCAAACCUGUCAGUCAAUCCGCGAGUCAUUCUUAAAAAACGAACUGAGUUGUUCGUUGUUUUGGUUGACCUUUGAAAACAGGACGAUGCCAGAAAAAUUUUCAUUUCUAACGGUAGAAAAGAUAUCGGGUUGAAUCAGAAAAUAAUUGUCUAAAAGGAAAACAUAGUUGGAAAAAAAGUAGUUUAAACUUGUCUCUACCCCCAUCAAUUGUGCCGUGUUUAGUAGUUCGAAUCUGCUGCCUACGAGUUUCGGUUUCCCCACCCAACCGCUCUUCAUCAUUCUUGUCUAAAACCAAACCUUCCCUCUUCAGAGAGUUUGAUAAUUUUUUGUAGUUUUUCAUUGAGGGGAUUCAUUUGUUUUUUCAUUAAUAUUGGCAUUCUUAUGGUAAAAAAGAAAGUAGUUAAAUUUCUAAACCAUUAAACGUUUUCAUACGCUGUGGCGUGAAAUGGCAAAAAAGUAAUAAUUGAAAAGUAAUCCUUGAUCUUGGCACUUGAAUCGUUAACCGCGGAUAGAUAAUCAGUAAAUGAUGGUUUCUCCAUCUCUUAAAUUGCUUACACUACUGUCAUGAAUAAUUUUCGCUUCUAUAUCCUAUCCACCUACCUUACAUACCUUCCGCUCCUAAUUGGCCACUUUUCCUAUCCAAUUGUAUACCACAAGAUUUUUAUUUGACUUCAAAGAAUCAUGUCAAUUUUUCGAUGCAUGUGUGUGACUGCGUGUCAAAACGUGAUGGUGUCUUGAGCCUCGUUGCUGAACGGCAAAACAUUUGUACAUGUGUAUGAUAUCGAUGUAAUAGACAAAAACGAAUGAAAAAAUAUUAUUUGUGUUGACGCUGAG